AGUCUCAUCAAGACAACAUGGCAUUCAAGGUAUUCGCACUGGCCGCCCUUGUGGUCGUCGCCAUCGCCCGUCCAGAUAGCCCGCCUACCUAUGGCUACUCUGCUCCCACACCCUCUUAUGCACCCGCAAAGUACGACUUCAACUACGCCGUCAACGACCCACCAUCUGGCAACGACUUCGGACACCAGGAAGCCCGUGAUGGCGACCACACACAGGGAUCCUACUACGUCCUUCUUCCCGACGGUCGUCUGCAGAAGGUCACCUACACUGUCAACGGCGACUCCGGUUGUGGCUGAUGUCACCUACGAAGGAGAGGCUCAGUACCCCGCC